GAGCGGGGGCCGGUGAUGUGGGGGUGGUGAUCGUGGACCCCCAAGGACGCCGGGACACGGUGGAGGUGGUCUUGGAAGACAAAGGAGACAAUAUUUUCCGCUGCACUUAUCGGCCCGUCCUGGAGGGUCCUCACACCAUCUAUGUGACCUUUGCGGGGGCUCAGAUCCCCAAAAGCCCCUUCACGGUCAAUGUGGCAGAAGCGCCGCCUCCUGCUCCCCCACCUGCUGUCUCCCCCAUUCAGAUCAUCCCUCAGUCCGUCUGUACCCCACCUGCCGACGCCAAGAAAAUGCCACCCCCCACUCUGCCCAAGCCGCAUAAACCAA